AUCAUCAUGUCCUUAGGAACAAGUGGAGAACUAAAAUGAAUCAGCAUGAUCUGAGAGACAGGAAAAUGAACGAUUCCAAAGUUCCAUCCUUCACAGAGUUUGAACUGGUGGGUUUCCCUGGUCUUUUGGACUACAGGAUGUUUCUGUUUUUUGGAUUCCUUAUCCUACUGCUAAUCACUGUGACUGCCAAUCUCCUUAUCCUCUUUCUGGUUUCACUGGACCACCGGCUACACACACCAAUGUACUUUUUUCUUUGGAAUUUAUCCCUCUUGGACUUACUGAUGACAACUGCAAUUUUACCAAAACUGCUAGCAGUUCUUUCUGGAUAUGACAGUACAAUUACUAUGACUGCCUGCUUUGGGCAAAUGUAUUUUAUCAUCUCUGUUGGAACCACAGAAAAUUGUUUGGUGGCAGCGAUGGCGUAUGAUCGUUACAUUGCUGUGGUGAAACCUCUACAUUAUAACGUGAUCAUAAAUGUCAAAAUGUGCUUCAUAAUAUUGGCCACCUCUUGGAUUCUUGGGUUGGUAAUUCCAGCAACCUCCAUAAUAUUAGCUUCAAAUCUGCCCUACUGUGCUUCUAAUAAAAUCAUGCACUGUUUUUGCGACUAUCCAGCUGUAAUUUCCCUGGCUUGUACUGAUAUUACUGAUCAUGCAACUGGAGCCUUUGGACUAGGCUUGCUCGGUAACUAUUUGCCCAUGCUGUAUGUUCUCUGGACGUAUGUCAGAAUUGUGCUUUCAGUUUUAAAGGUAAAAACAACAGGAAGUCGAGCAAAAGCUUUCUCGAUGUGCUCUUCACAUGUGACUGUGGUGCUACUGUACUAUGUUUCUGCUUCUGUAGUAUACGCAGGGUUAAAAAUGAACAGCCUUUCAUAUGAUGGACGCAUUUUUGUUGGGGGAUUGAAUUAUUUUUUAAUUCCAAUGGUUAACCCAAUGAUUUACAGUUUAAGAAAUAAAAAGAUGAAGGAAGCAGCUAGAAAAUAUUUUAACUUUGUCAUCAGUUUUCCUACAAACAGAAAAACAUCUGUCGGUAAUUCAUAACAGGAUUAUGUUAAUAUAUAACCUUGAAAAGUACACUAAUCCUUUAAUAUUGUCCAUGUCCAAACUCAAAUGGUUUCCUCUGAAUAAACAUGGACCGCCAUUGCCAUUAAUUGACAGUUGAAAUAUUCUAAUUUGUAUUAUUUUUAUUUGUAUUUAUUUUCAAUUUGUAUCUGUAUGUGUAAAUAUAACUAAAACAACAGAAUGCUUUUGGAUAUACUAUAGCUGAAUAAGUUAAAAA